AUGCCCCCAUCACCGGUGGAAUCCCGGCGAUUUCUCAGUGGUUCUAUCGCUAUGGAUGUGGUCUCUGGACGCUCUACACUCAGUCAUACCAGAAACAGUGGUAAAAAUGACGGUCAUUUCGGCGAUUCCAAACUCACUCACCGUCGUCCCAAUGAUUCAAACAACAGGCUCAGGCCUGACUUUGAUCCUCAGCCUAAAUUUUACUACUCGGACUACUCGGACGUCGACGCUGCUCCCAGCUUCAACUUCAAUCUGAUCAGUCUUGACAUCACGAAGCCUGGUAGCACCAAGGAGAUUGAAUACAACUACAAUCCCAUUACUGGCGCCGAUAUUUUUGAGAUAAAGCGGCCCAACCUCCUCCGGAAGGUCACUGAGCGCGAGAGGCUUCUCUGGGAGUCCAAGCACGGCAAGUACUCCGACAAGAUAAUUGCCUUCAAGGACGAGCGCGGCGAGAACCGGCUCAAGGUGUUCAUCGCAGACGACGUUAACAUGAAGCAGCGACCCAGACUUGCUCUUCCUGUCCGCGUGCCUGGAAUCGGCAAGGACGCCCCCGGCGGCAAGGACGCCUCUGGGGGCCCUGGCGGAGGCCCGAGGGGCAGCCCUGCCGGAUCUGAGCGCGAAGGCGGCUCUUCCCGGGACGAGUUUAUUGUGCUUUCCAAGGAGUCCACCGACCGGAGGGCCGCCUCUAAGCGUCACGAGGAGAAUCUCCGUUCCAAGCGCGUAAGCCCUGACUCUAGGUUUAGAGACGACCAUCGCUACAGGAGUCCCAGAGGCUACGGCUUCAGGCACUUCGACGACUACAGACGAUAUGACGACCACAGGCACUACAAGCCUAGGCAUGACCGUCUACGCGAGUUUGAGAAGAAGCGUCGUCCGCAUAAGUCCGAGUAUAUUCCUGGCGACCUCUUCCUGCUCUUUGCCAGCAAGGAGGCCACUAAGAAAAAGUUUGACCUUAUGGUUAACGGCCAGACUGAGCGCUACCAGUUCAAGCCUGAAGCUCAGUGCGUCCGCGUCCGCGUCGACGACCACAUUCUUUGGAAGCACAGGCACGGUCAUCCCUUUCCUUCUGGUCUCGAGUUUGACAAGCGCGAGGGCAUGGUUCUUCUCCAGUUUCCCGAAUUCACGGACGUCUACAUUAAUGCUGAGGGCGUUUGGUACUACAGGAUAUAG